AUGUCUACAGCCGGUUCGCCAAAAUCCUCGCCGCCAGCUGCAAAGCGCAUCAAGCUGGAUGCUGCCGCUGCCGCAGAGCCAUCUACGGCCGAGAGCAACGGGGCGCCUGCAGUAACCUCGGCACCAGAGUUCACCUCUGCUCCUCCUCCUCCUGCGGAAGAGGAAUCAAGCGACGAAGAGGAAGAGCAAGAAGAUGCCAAGGAGGAAGAAGACUUGUCCAGGACAGAUAUGUAUCUCGAUACUAUCUCCAGACAGAAGCUUGACUUUGACUUUGAGCAUUUGUGUUCUAAAAGCCUGAGCAAUAUCAAUGUCUACGCCUGUCUCGUUUGCGGCAAGUACUUUCAAGGGCGAGGAAAGGGCAGUUGGGCGUACCGACACGCCGUCGGUGACAACCACAGAGUGUGGCUCAAUCUGGAUACCGAAAAGUUCUAUGUCCUCCCGGAAGGCUACCCGGUCGCAGACCACUCUCUCAACGACAUCAUCCGCGUCCUCCACCCUCGGUAUGCUCCCAAAGACAUUGCCAAACUCUCUCGUCUCCCUCCGCUCUCCUAUACCCUGGAAAGUCAAAAAUACACUCCAGGCUAUAUCGGCAUCAACAACAUCAAAGGCAACGAUUACUGCAACGUCGUCAUUCACCUCCUUCUCCAUGUCCCUCCCCUGCGCAACUUUCUGCUCCAUCCCCAUACGCCCCAACUCCAGAUCGAGGCCCGUCCUACCGAGCUGGUGAAGCGUUUCGCGACAUUGGCGCAGAGAUUAUGGAAUCCGCACUUGUUCAAAGCGCAGGUGUCGCCACACGAGUUUUUGCACGAGGUGACAAAGAGGAGCAAUGGGAAAUUCAAGACGACCGAGCAAGGGGACCCUGUUGAGUUCUUGGGGUGGCUGGUCAACACCCUGCAUAGGGAUCUGGGCGGAACAAAGAAGAGGAAUUCUAGUGUUGUCUACUCAACUUUUCAGGGAAAGGUGCAAAUUGAGACGCAGCAAGUCAUCACUCACAAAGAGUAUGCUCGGCCCGUUUUCGACGUCGGACGAGACAUCCAAACAAUAUCAUCGCCCUUCCUCUUCCUCGCCCUCGAUCUUCCCGCCACACCUCUAUUCACAGACAUUAACGAGAAGAAGAUCAUUCCCCAGGUCUCUCUGGGUCAGAUCCUCGCCAAAUUCGACGGCAAGCAUACACAAGAAUUCGGGCCUACGCUCAAAAGACAUCACCUUACGUCGCUCCCUCCUUACCUCAUUCUCCACAUGAAGCGGUUCACCAAGAACAACUUUGUCGAAGAACGUAACCCUACCAUCGUCAACUUCCCUCUUCGAGGCGUCGACAUGAGCGAGUAUGUCGACCCCAAACCUUCCGACAACGUGCACACCCAAUAUGACCUCCUCUCCAACGUCUUCCUCGACACCACUGCCGCCUCUACCUCGACCUCUGGUACUGGCCCGGGUAUCACCAAGCGGACACCGCAACAAGGCGAGGAGAACCAGAUGUUCUGGAAGAUUCAUGUCCGGGCGGGUCAGACGGAAGGAGAAGAAGGCAAGAAUGGAGCCGAAAAGAGUGCAGAGACGGAAGGAAGAGGAGAAAAGUGGUUCGAGAUGCAGGACCUGAAUGUGACAGAGGUCAGGAAGGAGAUGGUGUUCCUUGGGGAAACGGUGAUACAGGUGUGGGAGCGAAGGGAUCUGUCGACGUCGCGAAAGUAG